AUUUAAUAUUUAUUAUUUUAAUUUAUUGGCAAUACUAAUAAUCAUAUAAUUAAUACAUACUUGUACUCAUAUGUUUUGGACGUUUUGAAGUGGAAUAAAGUGGUGAUUUUGACAUUUUCAUUUACAAGGAACUCUUACUGACGAUGACACAAUGUUGGUCAUGUGCGAUGCUAUUUAUAGUUCUAUUCAUCAGUCACGUGGCAAUGUCACGUGGGCAGGAUACAGCAACGGAAACAGACGAGGACAAGAUGUUUGAAAUGGGACCAAACGACCUUAUACUGGUAAACGUAGCGGCCAAGGGACGAGUUGUUGAACUGCUUGCGAACGAGUUAGCGCGCACCGAGAUUAUCCGUGCUCUGUUGGUAGAAUAUGCCAAGGAGUGCGUCACGAACAUAACGGCCCUGGAAAAGACUUGUCUCGACUGUAUGAUGAACCGAUGUCAAAACAGACGCCAGGAGUGCCACAUUGAAGGCCCGCCUCUGUCCGAGAUGAUAAACCAUGACCCGUCCCCUGUACAGGGCCUCCAGUUUCUAUCCCAGGGUCCGCGGGACGUCACGACGGGGAUGAAGAAUUUUGCAAACAGGGCUAGAACUGAUAUUCUACAGGGAGUACCAGAAGCUCUGCGUAAGGAAAGCGAGGCCAUCAUGCAGAUAGAAGUGGAACAGAGCCUUCGAGACCUUAACGACAAUAUAGACACCGACAAGGCCCUCCGGACCAUCAGCUUGCACGUGCAGAAGGCGGCCGAUAAUGUCCAUAAGCUGCCCAACAUUGGGGAGAAAGUGGGCUCCAUUAUUGUCGACAAUGAAGACCGCGCAGUAAAUCUCGCGCAGCUGUUGGGGCGGAAGUUGAAGCAGUCACGCCCUUUUCUUGAGUCCAUCAACCAUAAUGGCGCGCGCAUCAUGGAGAAAAUGCCUGACGUCCUUGUCCAGGUUGAAGACAGAGUGACGGACUUCAAGUCGAAGGUAUCGGGCGUGUUCAGUAGGGUGAUGGACACUUUCCAGAAAGUCAUGGAUUCCCCUGAAACGCCGGUCCAGAACGGCAACAUGAUGGGCCAGCCCCAGUUGAACCAGUUCCAACAGUCCCCCAACUUCAUGCAGACGGCCCCCGGUGGUCCUAACAUGGCUCUCCAGCAUCCAGGCGGCUCCCAGAUGAUGGGCAACCAAGCGGCCAUGCAACAACUGCAACAGGCGAGAAUGAAGGAGCAACAGCUACGCCAGCAACUUAUGCAGCAACAAAUGCAGCAGCAGCAACAACAACAUAUGCUCCAGAAUCAGAUGCUGCAGAAUCAGAUUCCUCAGCAAGGCCAACAAGGUUUUCAACAACAGCAGAGGAUGCAGGGUAUUCCAGCUCAGCCUUUUGGCCAAGGACCAGACAGUCAGGUUCAAAUGGUUGCACUUCAAGGUCAAAUUCAGCCUCAAUUUCAAGGUCAAUCGGCAGUCUUUCAAGGUCAAAAUGCUCAGCCCGGUAUGGCUGCUGGAAACAUGCAGCCUGAUAUGUCAAACAUCGUUCCUCUAAAUCCUCAGCAAAAUUUCCAACCGCAGGCAAUCGAUCAACGUCAAGGUCAGAUGCAAGGUCAAGUAUCUGUUGGUGGCAGACGAAAGCGUCACGAUGAUCCAGAUUGCAAGCGUCUUGAAGAUAACCCGGACAAAUACUGUCGUAAAUUUGAACCAGAAUGCCACAACUGCACACUGGAGAAACGACUACGGUUUGAAGUCUGUGGCGAAGGAGUGGAGCGAGCACGUGAUGAAAUUAAAAGAAUAGACGAGUCCGUCGCCAACUACCUAAAAGCGUAUAAUGAAUAUGUGGCAAAGGAGAAACUCGUGUUCAAGGUGGAAUACAACUCCAAGAAUCGUCUCCGAAAAACCACGUCGUACUUUGACGCCAUGAUCACAGCCAAGGUAGGACCAUCUGUGUUCACCUUUAAAUCUAAAAUGAUCAUCAACAUAAAAGAUGUGCGUGCAACGGGAAGCCAAAUUGGUGAUGAAAUUUGGGAAAAGCUGUGGGAAAAUGAGGUGUUCGCGGAGGCAAAAGAGAUCUUACUGCCGAUUCGAAAAGAAAACAUUCUAGGUCAAGCCCAGGUCAAGGACGUUCACUCAGCGCACGCGCAGACAAAUCCAACAGGCGGAAGUCAGUCGAUCGUUCCGUCGUGUAGUGCUAUUAUGUGUGCAAUUCUGUCGACGGUUGUUCUCUUGUUGUAGACAUUGUAUCAAAU